UGCAGCCUGCAGAGUCACAUGUGAGUGUGUCAUGUGAUAAUUGAAUUGUGAGCAGAGAGAAAAACAGCCUCUCACAGCCUCUGCUUUGUGCCCUGGAUGUCUGCAGCUGCAGUGAAGACCACAUAUAUGUGACCGGCCUGGACUCACUGCACCAAACACAACAGGAGGUGUCACAGGAGCAGCUCAGGGCUCUUUGUUCAUAAACACAGGAGUCACCUGAUGAUGAUGAUGAUGACCGUGCGGAUGGGGAUCCUGCUUUUAGCUCUGCUGGGCCUCAGCGCAGCGCUCGUCUGUCCUGAUGGAGGCAUGUGUGAGGACAAAAACACCUGCUGCAAGAACACCGUGGGAGGAUACGGAUGCUGCCCGCUUCCUCAUGCUGAGUGUUGUUCAGAUCACCUCCACUGCUGCUACAAGGGGACCAUUUGUGACCUCGCCCACUCAAAGUGUGUGAACAAGACCGUUUCUCUGCCCUGGGUCAGACGAGUCCCCGCCAAACAGGCCCCCCUCAUCCCUCAGCUGGAGGAGUCAGUAAAAGCAGUCAUUUGUCCGGACAAGGCGUCCGAGUGUCCCGAUGAUACCACCUGCUGUCAGCUCCUGGACGGCUCCUGGGGCUGCUGUCCAUUAGCGAAGGCGGUGUGUUGUGAGGAUAAACUGCACUGCUGCCCAGAGGGAACAAAGUGUGAUAUCGCUCAUUCGAGGUGUGUGUCUGCCUCUCUGGAGUCCUUCCCCCUGCUGGAGAAAAUACCUGCGAGGAGGAGAGACAAUGACACAGCUCUGACAGUCACUGCAGUAACGUGUCCAGGCGGGAAGAGCAGCUGUCCUGAUAGCUACACCUGCUGCCUGCUGUCCAGUGGAGACUACGGCUGCUGCCCGUACCCAGAGGCCAUAUGCUGCAGCGAUCAUCUCCACUGUUGCCCGAGCAGCACGAUCUGCGACCUGGAGCACGGCGUCUGCAAGUCUGGUGAGGAACGCUUCCCGCUGCUGAAGAAGAUCGCAGCCGUCCUCAACGACGUUAUGUGUCCGGAUAAGAAGUCGGCGUGUCCGGAUGAGAUGACGUGUUGCCAGACGGACAGCGGCUCGUACGGCUGCUGUCCGAUGCCUGAUGCGGUCUGCUGCUCAGAUCAGGUCCACUGUUGUCCUGCAGGGACUCAGUGUGACCUCGUCCACAAAGCCUGUUUGACCCCACAAGAAGAGACGACCACGAUCGUGAAGAUCACCGCUGCUGAGACGGAGCUGGUACCCAUACAGAGGAUGGACACUUCCAAAGUGGGUGCUGUUCCCUGUAACGACUCCGUGGCCUGCGCUGAUGGAUUCACCUGCUGUAAAUCAUCCGCCGGGACGUGGGCGUGUUGUCCGCUUCCAAAGGCUGUGUGCUGCGAGGACCACAUGCACUGCUGUCCUCACGGCACCGUCUGUAACCUGGAAGCCUCCACGUGUGACGACUCCACGGGGAGCACAGUGAUGCCCUGGCUCGAGAAAGUUCCCACUUUCCCGUUACUGACAGAGAACAGCAGGUGUGAUAAGACCACGUCGUGUCCGGGGAAAGCCACCUGCUGCAAGACGACGGGCGGAGGCUGGGCCUGCUGUCCUCUGCCGCAGGCCGUGUGCUGUGACGACCACGUCCACUGCUGCCCUCACGGUACCGUCUGCAACCUGGAGAAUCAGAGCUGCGACGACCCGUUUGGUGUCUCUCCGUCCCUCCCCAUGGCGGAGAAGGUGUCGGCUCUGAAAUCGGACGUCGAGGAUGAGAAAUGUGACAAGCAGACAAUGUGUCCAGGUGGAACCACCUGCUGUAAGAAGGACUCCGGACAGUGGGCCUGCUGCCCCUUACCUCAGGCUGUGUGCUGCAGUGACCGAGAGCACUGCUGCCCUAAAGGCUACAGAUGUAACAUCGCCGAAGAGACGUGUGAUAAACCCGGAUCCCUCAGCCUGCCCUGGCUGCAGAAGAUCCCGGCUCUGCAGACCGAGAACGUCCCGGCUGUUUCAGGUUCUCCUCGGCCGGUCAGGAACAUGUGCGACGCCAGCACCAGCUGCCCGAGGGACACCACCUGCUGCUUCAUGGACAAGACCAAGAAAUGGGGCUGCUGUCCUCUGCCAAACGCCGUCUGCUGUAUUGAUGGAAACCACUGCUGCCCCAGUGCUCACACCUGUGAGCCUCACCGCUCCUCCUGCUCUAAAGGUUCACACGUCAUCCCGUGGUUCACUAAGCUGAGCGCUCUGACCGAGCCCAGCGUUGUCACAGAUGUUAAAUGUGACGAUAAGAGCAGCUGCGCUUCAGGGACGACCUGCUGCAAGCUGACGACAGGAGAGUGGGGCUGCUGCCCGCUGGUGAAGGCCGUCUGCUGCGACGACCACGAGCACUGCUGUCCUCAGGGAUACUCCUGCAACAUGCACACAGGGACGUGUGAAAAGACGAGCAACGACACCCUCAUCAUCAGCACCCUGCCUCAGAGCGAAGUGGAACAGCCCGAGCCUGAAGUCACAGAGGACACAGACCUACCAUGUGACAGCAUGGGGGUGUACCACUGCCCCGGGCGAGACACAUGCUGCAAGAUCUCAUCCACAGAGUGGGCCUGCUGCCCGUCGCCAAAGGCCGUGUGCUGCGCAGACUCGAAGCACUGCUGUCCUGCAGGAUUCUCAUGUGACAUGAGAUCUAAAAGUUGCACGCCGCGCUCCCCGCUGACCUGGGACUCUUUGUUUGGGGACAGAAAGAAAGACUUAACCCCACAUGGACUUUAAAUCUGCAGAGGUGAACCUGGAUCCAUCACACCAUCUCAUCCACAGCUUCUCUCGUCUGCAGACGGCACAGUUUGUCACCACGCGUCCUGUCUGUCCGGUCAUUAAUGGAAAUGUAUUCUUAAAGUUUCUGCACUCCUGUUUGUUUCUGGUGGUUGGUGAGGAGAAGACUCCAGUCCUCUCUGUUUUCUAAUGAAGUGGAUGCGCUCAGGUGACCCGACAGCCUCUCAGUCACUGAAACUUAUGUGUUAGCUUGAAGUGAGAAACAUUGUGCUGCAGCAUUUUAGUUUUAUAAAAUAUUUAUCACCGUUACACUCGCAUCCUGGAAAUACAAUAACUCAACCUUUAAAGACUUCAGAAGUUGAUGGGUUAUUCCGUUACUUUUAUCGUCAACAAAAUGCAGAAAAAAGACCAAAAUCAAUCUGAGCUGAUGUUUUAAUUAUAUGCAAAAUGUAAGAUCAGAACAGUUAGAUAGAAUGUAUAGUGAAUGGGUGGUUAUGCAAAUUAGAAUGUAAACAGGGUGAGCAGGACUCCAACACGAUCCUCAGCCACAACGGACGUCUGGUCGGGGUCCAUUGUCACCAUUGAUAGGGGCUUUGAUUAAUUGGAAGCAUUCCAUUCUUUGAUGUGUUCCAUUCUGUUACUCUUUGAUGUGUUCCAUUCUGUUACACUUUGAUGUGUUCCAUUACUCUUUGAUGUGUUCGGUUACUCUUUGAUGUGUUCCAUUCUGUUACUCUUUGAUGUGUUCCAUUACUCUUUGAUGUGUUCCGUUACUCUUUGAUGUGUUCCAUUACUCUUUGAUGUGUUCCAUUACACUUUGAUGUGUUCCGUUACUCUUUGAUGUGUUCCGUUACACUUUGAUGUGUUCCGUUACACUUUGAUGUGUUCCAUUACACUUUGAUGUGUUCUGUUACGCUUUGAUGU